UUUCUCUUCCUCUAGUUCUCUUGCUGUUUUCAAACAUCCACUCUCAGCAAACUGAAGCAUGGAGAUGGACUAUGCCUCCCAUCACGCCUCCCCACACUUCUAUGCCUUCCAUCCCUUCUAUGCCUCCCGCCACUACUGGAUACACAGAUGAUGUGUCGAAUACAUCCAUUGGAGCGUGGAGAUGGACUAUGCCUCCCACCACUUCUAUGCCUCCCACCCCUUCUAUGCCUCCCACCACUUCUAUGCCUCCCACCCCUUCUAUGUCUCCCACCCCUUCUAUGUCUCCCACCACUUCUAUGCCUCCCACCCCUUCUAUGACUCCCACUCCUUCUAUGCCUACCACCACUUCUGUUCCCCCCACCCCUUAUAUGCCUCCCACCACUCCUAUGCCUCCCACCACUUCUAUGCCUCCCACCCCUUCUAUGUCUCCCACUCAUUCUAUGCCUCCCACCACUUCUGUGCCCCCCACAACUUCUGUGCCCCCCACCCCUUCUAUGCCUCCCACCACUUCUAUGCCUCCCACCACUUCUAUUCCUACCACCUCUUCAUUGCCUCCCACCACUUCUAUGCCUCCCACCCCUUCUAUGCCUACCACCCCUUCUAUGUCUCCCACCCCUUCUAUAUCUCUGACCCCUUCUAUGCCUCACACUCCUGCUAUGCCUCCCACCCCUUCUAUGCCUCCCACCACUACUAUGCCUCCCACCCCUUCUAUGCUUACUACCCCUUUUAUGCCUCCCACCACUUUUAUGCCUUUCACCACUUCUAUGCCUCCCACCACAACUGGAUACACAGAUUAUGUGUCGAAUACAUCCAUUGGAGCUUUACCCAGAGCUACAGUGAAUGUAACACCAGACAGAUCUUUGUUCACUGGAGAGACAGUCACUCUGAAGUGUGAGAUAGAGGAUCAGUACAGAUCAUUAAACUGGAGAUAUGUGUGGUAUAAAGGCAGAACUGGGACUUCAGUGUUUGAGGGAAACAUCUACACCAUCAGCUCACCAUCAGAUCAGGAUGAGUUCUGGUGUAGAGGAGAGAGAGAUGGACGACCCUCAUCCUCACAGGACAAGAAGAUUCUUCAGGAUCUAAAUGUGUUUUAUUCUACUGCAGGAUCAAAACCAAAACCUAAACUCACAUCAGAUACUGAAGGAUCUGUACUGACAGGUAACACAGUGACUCUGAAGUGUCACAUUGAUCAGUCUACUGGAUGGAAGUUUUACUGGUACAAACACACACAAAACACUGAGGAGACGACAACAGAACCAAACUCUUACACAAUCGACAGUGUUAAAGUUUCAGAUGGAGGUCAGUACUGGUGUAGAGCUGGAAGAGGAAACCCAGAAUAUUACACAGACUACAGUGAUGGACUGUGGAUAAAUGUUAAAGAGAGUCCUAAACCUGUAGUGAGUGUUGAUCCUGACAAACAGCUGUUCAGAGGAGAAACUGUUACUCUGAGAUGUGACAUACAGGAUACAGGAAACACUGAGUGGACAUACAGCUGGACUGUAAAGAAAAAUACCACAAAUAUAAUCACACAAUGCAACACACAAGAGUGUAAAAUCAACAACAUUCAACAGACUGACAGUGGUAAAUACACCUGUAGAGGAAAGAUACAUGAACAAAACACUGAGAUGAGUAAUGCUGUUACACUGACUGUAUCAUCAGAUAAACCCAAGCCAGUUUUAAGUGUUUCUCCAGACCGGUGGUUGACUGAAGGAGAUUCAGUGACUUUGAAGUGUAAGGUUAGAAGUUCUACAGGCUGGACAUUCAGCUGGUUUAUUUUCUCUUCCUAUUACUAUGACUAUCAGCUCAUGUCAGACAGCAUUCGAGGAUCUAAAGGCAUCUACAAAGUGAGUUCAGUGACUGUGAAGCACACAGGAGUUUAUAUGUGCAGAGCAGAGAGAGGAGAUCCAGUCUAUCACACAGAGUACAGUACCAGAAAGCCACUGUGGAUCACUGGUGUUUCUCCUUCAGUCUCUCUGAUCAUCAGACCCAACAGAUCUCAACACUUCUCAUCUGAAUCUCUCUUUCUGAGCUGUGAGGAUGAUCACAGUAAAUCUGCUGAAUGGACAUUGAGAAGAUACACAAAAUACGCAGUGGGAAGUUGUUCAAUAUCACUCAGGAGAUCUACAGGAAUAACAUCUACAUGUUUAAUCAGUUCUCUCAACAUAUAUGAUACUGGAGUGUACUGGUGUCAGUCUGAAUCUGGAGAGAAUCGUCAUCCUGUUAAUAUCUCAGUACACAAUGUUAGCGUGAUUCUGGACAGUCCUGUUCAUCCUGUGACAGAAGGAGACACUCUGGCUCUUGGCUGUUUAUAUCGACCUAACAACCAAACUGAAUUUUAUAAAGAUGGAUCAGUGGUGCAGCAUCAGACUACAGGAGACAUGAUGAUCAUCCCUACAGUCUCAAAGUCACAUGAGGGUUUCUACUACUGUAAACACCCAGAAAGAGGAGCGUCUCCAGAGAGCUGGAUCUCAGUCAGAGAAGCUCAGGUGAAGAUGUCUGGACUCAAGAUUUUUACUUUUCUGCUGGCAGUUUGUCCAUAUCUGAUAGCGACAGUCGUGCUGGUUUUCAAAUGCUACAGAUUAAGAGUUUCUCACUCAUUUGUUGAAGAUCAGUUGCAGUAUGCAGUAAGAGAAGAUGAAACAUCAUUCUGAUAUGAAUGUGUUGUGAGUGCAGUGAAGCAUCAGUCUGUGAUCUCUCAAUAACACAUUCACAAACUGAAUAACUGCUGUCAAUAACAAUGAGUGAUUCUGGAGUGAAUCCCUUUAUUAUUGUUAUACCAGAGUCACUCCCACUUUUUAGCAUUUUUUAAUAUCAUUUGUUUGUUAAUAGUGCUUUUGCAAUUGUUUUUAUAAUUUCUAUUGUGAUAUAUGUCUGAGUGAAACAGUAUAUUUAGGGUUUACUUGGGCUAAAAUUAAUUUCUUAGAUGGAACAAUCUUCU